UGUUAAAAAAACCUGAUGUUUACUUUUUGCGGAUGUUUUUUAUUGGUGGAUCAAUUUGGUAAUGCUGUUUGUGUCUGGUUUCUUAAGGUGAGAAAGGUUGACAUGCUGGAAGGUGUGUCUAUUGUUCGGUCUGAAAAGGUCAAGGAUGAACUCGUCCUAGAUGGCAACGACAUUGAACUUGUCUCCCGGUCUGCUGCUUUGAUUAAUCAGAAAUGUCACGUGAAGAACAAGGAUAUCCGCAAAUUUCUUGAUGGGAUCUAUGUGAGUGAGAAGGGAACUGUUUUUGAGGAAGCGUGAGUCAAGGAGUUUUAGUUUUGUUCAUCUGGUAGUUCUCUUCGUGCUCUAUUAAUGCCCUGGAUGCUUAAGAUGUUUCACCGAUUUUGUCUGGAGUUUUCAUUUUAUAAAAUUUUGAUUGUUCUGCCUAUGUUUUCAA